CUCUACUUACUCCCGAAUGCCCAGUCCGCCCACACACAGACCCGCAGGCCUCUCUGGCUCUCCCUGCACCUCGACAAACAUUUUCGUGCAGCUUUCUCCGUUCUUCUUUUUUGUCAGAUAAAGUACUACCUAGCAGUCAUUAUGAAGCCAAUCGUUUUUCCCUACACCCAAAAGCCGUACAAGGAGCUCGUCGAGGCCAAGCUUGCGCAGCGCGAGUCGCGCAUUCCCAAGGAAUGGAAGAUUGACGUUGACCUUUCGCCUGCCAAUUUGCUAGAUGUUCCCUCGACCUGCGGUCUGUUGACCGACCGCGAGCUUGAGAUUACCGAGAAGUACGACUCCGUUGGGCUUCUAGCUGAGAUUGCAAAGGGCACUUAUACCUCGAAAGAAGUUACAAUUGCGUUCUGCAAGCGCGCGGCGAUUGCACAGCAGUGCCUGAACUGCCUGACCGAGAUCUUUUUCGAUAAGGCUAUCGAGCGCGCGGAAUGGCUGGACGCCGAGUUUGCGCGAACCGGAAAGACUGUUGGACCACUUCAUGGACUCCCCAUUUCGUUGAAGGACUCGAUGUCGGUUGCGGGCGAGGACUCGGUCGUCGGAAUCGCUGCCUACUGCUUCCAGCCUGAGAAGGAGAACAGCGUUGUUGUCGAUAUCCUCAUCAAGCUUGGUGCUGUCAUGUAUGUGAAGACCAACGUCCCGCAGAGUAUGAUGGUGCCAGAUACCGACAACAAUGUGUUUGGAAUCACCCGCAACCCAAUUCACAAAGAGCUCACUGCUUCGGGUUCCUCUGGUGGCCUCGCGGCACUCAUCAAGUUCCGUGGCUCGCUCCUCGGCAUUGGAACUGACGUCGGUGGAUCAAUUCGUGUUCCGGCAUAUACCCAUGGCGUCUACUCGCUCAAGCCUUCCAGCGGCCGCGUGCCGUACCACAACGUGAAGGGAUAUCUCGAGCCUGGUGCCGAGACUGCUGGAAUUCUGUGCGUCAACGCGCCUAUGGCAGUCUCUGUGCGCGACUUGGAGUUUGUCAUGAAGUGCAUGUCGGAUGCGGAGCCAUGGCUAUAUGAUCCCAGCUGCCAAUACUUGCCAUGGAACGAGCCCAAGCCGCUUGAUCGCAAGCUUUCGAUUGGUGUUAUUCGAUUUGACACCGAGGUUCAGACUCUUCCUCCUGUUGCCCGUGUGCUUGACGAGACGGUCGAGAAGCUCAAGGCCGCUGGACAUGAGAUUGUCGAGCUCGAGCUGUAUCUUGCUGACGAGAUCUCUGCGAAUGCAGUCGACCACUUCAAGGUCGAUGGUGGCGCAUUUUUGCUCUCGCAGCUCGAACUCACUGGCGAGCCUCUUACUGUGGCUAACCAAAAUGGUGGUCUCUACCCUGACGUCAAGCGUGGGCUCUCGGAUUUUUACGCCUACAGCUCUGCGCGUGCCGAGCUACAGCGCGCCUGGCUCAAAUACUGGGAGGAGACCGCGAGCAAGACCAAGUCUGGAAAGCCCGUCGACGCCUUGCUGCUUCCCAUCCAGUCAUUCCUUCCGCGUCCUGAGGGCUACAUGAUGCGUUCGCACUUCUCGCGCACAUGGAACAACCUUGACUACCCCGGACUUAUCUUCCAGGCGGGUAAGGUCGAUCUCGCGCAGGACGACAAGGAGAUGCCGGCCCCGAUCACCGAUAUGGAUGCCAGAGUGCAGACUACGUGGGCGAAGGAUGUACGUGGACGGUACGACGGGUUCCCGAUUGCGCUGCAGUUGGUGGGCCAGCGCCAGAUGGAGCCUAAGCUGUUCCAGACGAUGUCCGAGAUUAGUAAGGUUUUGUAGGGCGAGUCAUGUAAUAAAUAGUAAUGUAAAUUGAUAUCUACGAAUAGAAAGAAG